AUGGCGCGUACGAAAAAGUAAAACUUCCGUUAGUCUUUAAAGCAUCAUCAAAUUGCGGCCACCUGUUGCGGAACAAAAUAACGAUAGAGUCGAGUUAAAAUUUAAAACUUGUAUGUUAAAGCUAUAAAAUAAGAGUAUGCCAUAGUUUGGAAGUUUUUCGAAAAGUCAAUCAAAUUUAAAAGUGGAGCGAGGGGCCAGUUGGUGAAGACGUUGCCGGUUUAACGUUAGCUAGCUGGGUCCUGGAACUAAAAACGUCCAGCUUGUGAUGAUUCACUUUCCAGUUACGUUAAAGUUAGCCAACGUUAAUGUUAGCUAGCUAGCUAGAUUCAAAACGUCAACAAACGGGCGAGUCUUUUUUUUUUUUUACCGUUGGCGUCAAAUCUUAAAUACAUCUCCAAUUUGCCCCUAAAUUUAACAAUGGAGAUGAUGAAGUGUGUGAGCCACCAGCAUGCCAGCAAGCUGCUCCAUAACAAGUUCAUUGUGGUAAUGGGAGACUCCAUUCAUAGGGCUGUGUACAAGGACCUUGUUAUGCUGUUGCAGAAGGACAAGUAUCUCACUUCAAAACAACUCAAGAGCAAGGGUGAGAUGAGCUUUGAACAGGACUGUUUGGUGGAAGGAGGUUGCCUAAAUCCAAUGCACAACGGAACAGGCUACCGUGAGGUUCGGCAGUUCCAGUCCGCCCACCAUCUGGUACGCUUCUACUUUGUGACGCGCGUCUACUCUGGCUACAUGCAGAGUAUCCUAGAAGACUUCCGCCAAGGCUUGAAACCAGAUGUGGUCAUUCUCAACUCCUGCGUUUGGGAUAUUUCAAGAUACAGCUCCAGUUGGCUUGAUGACUACAAGGAGAACCUACAUAAGUUAUUUGAUGAGCUGAAAGCGACCUUGCCAGAGGAAACCCUGGUCGUAUGGAACCUCACCAUGCCCUUAGGACGGAGGAUUAAAGGUGGUUUCCUGGUCCCCGAGAUUGAGCACAAGGUUCCCCAGCUCCGUUAUGAUGUGAUUGAAGCCAACUUCUACAGCAGGACUCUGGCUGACGCCUAUGGGAUGGAUGUGUUGGACCUUCACUUUCAUUUCCGCUCCUCCCUGCACCAUCGUACAUUUGACGGCGUCCACUGGAAUGCCAUCGCACACCGCGAGAUAACCUGUCUGCUGUUACAGCACUCUGCACAGGCAUGGGGGGUUACUAUGCCCUGUCGACUGACUGCUGUUGAUCAUGCUGAGGUCACUGCUCAGCAGGCAGCCAAUGCAAAUGCUACCAAACCUGCAGGACUGCAUCAAGUGACUUAUUACUCAAACUGCCGCAGCUCUCCUCACACCGACUAUUUUUCCAACAAGCAACAAUCAAAUCACCCAUCAAAGGGAAACUACAACAGCUACGACGGCUACAGGGAGGAGUUCUACAGUGAUAACCCCUCUUUUGGUUACUUAAACUUUGAGAAUUACCUGCAGCCACACACAUCAUACCGUGAGACCAGACAGGUUAGAAAUGGUUUCGACUACAAGCCACCCCACUACUUUGAGCCCUACAACGAGCACCAUCAUCAGGACGUGAUGAAGAGCCGCCAUGCCAGGCGCCACUAUGCUCCAUACACCCAUCACAGACGUAGACAGUACAGCCACAAUGCUAGCUUCUACUGAGGCAGGGAGUUUUUACAAGAUUCAAAUAUUGCCAACUUCCAUUUGUUAUCUACUGCAGACUCACCUGCAGUUCAUUGUUUACAACAGUCCCAUUUGUCUGUGAAGGUUCGGAGUCGUCCAGGUCGUGGUGGUUCUCUUUGAUAAGCAAAGGUAACUGGACCUGCUGGAAAUUCUUAAAGAUGUUUCGUCUCUCAUCCAAAAGGCUUCUUAAAAUCUGACUGACUAGUGAGUUUAUUCACACACAACCCAGCAGAGGUUAAAUAUCCGGAACUGCUCACUAUUCGGUCAUUAUCGUGGAUGUAUUGGUCAGAACUGAAGAAGCCUUUUAGGUGAGAGCCGAAACUCGAACGAAUGUCUAGAAAUAUACAUGCUUCUAACCAAGAGCAAACGUGAAUCCUCAAAUGGCUUAGUUCACACUCAAGAUUUUUAAUGACCUCACAUACACGUAUUGGUCUUUUUUUUCUUCUUUUAAGUUGUUGAAUUUUCAUUUUUUUGAGUAUGUUCUUUGCCACCACAAAUUGAUUUUUGAAUAUUUUACAUUUCAAAGCAUUUUUAAUUCUGCACUUUGAAUGCCAGUUGAUGUUUUCUAUGGGCGUUGUGAAGAUUUCAAGAGGACUUUUAAGUUUUAACAUUUAUUAAAAUUUCUAAAUUAAUUAUUCUUCUGAUGCUUUUCAAUGUCCCACACAGAGGUCAAGUAUGUUAUAAAGAUUUAGUUUCCUUUAUUCCUUAAGGGUGCUGUACUCAAUAUUCAGAACCUAUUAAUAUAGCAGUAAACAAUUUUUGCUAUUCAACAAUAUGGUGAAGUAAUGGAAUCCUUAGCAGAGAACCAAGUCACACGUGUUGAAAUUUCAUCUUCUCUGUUCUUGUCAGUCUGACCACGCAUGUAUGCAAGUGCCUUGUGCGUGUUGGUAUCUGAUGCCAAGGACCAUGAAAGAGUCGGUACUUGACGAUCAAUCCCAGACCACUUUGUUUUCUGAAUAUCGAUUACAGCCCCUCAAAACUUUUAAAAUUUUAUUAUUGUUAAUCACUUAGAUGAACAGUGAUUGGGAAGACAUGGGGAGAAGUGGUAGAGAAACUGCUUUGGAACUGUUUGCCCCGAAAAAUGUUAAAAUGUGCAUCACCCUGUGCUGUGGCACUUAGAGGUCAUGUGCCGAAUAUUACACCAAGUUCUGGUUAUUGAUGUUAUACAAUUAAUUUAAUAAAAUGGACUUCAUAACAGAAUACCUAGGCAUGACACUAUACAGUAGAGCUGGCAUGUUAUGUGUAUACGUCCCAACAAUGUACAUUUGGGACCAGAUAGUAGAACUUGAUAUUAGACUGUACAUUUUGGAGAAACUAAUUUCUUUUAGUUUGCUGAGGACAUACAGGUAUAACAUAUCAAAAGUCAAAAUUGAUAUUGACACAAUGUUUCUUGCUCUUACUUGAAUUGCUUUUGUCUAAAUUACUACAAAUACAAAAGAUACAAAGUGAAAGACUAAUGCUAGUACAGAAAAAGUGACUAGUUGACUUUCUCCUUUUCCCACAGAGUUGGUAAAAUCAGGGCAAACAAACACUUUCAGU